AUGUCUUUUCCAUUUCCACUUCUCCUUCGGAGGCCAUUUUCUACAAGCUUCAGAUGCUCCUACAGGACCAAAAAGAUUCCUGAGGACAUUGUCGCAAGCGCCCUCACGACACAGCCAACAAGACGCGGUCAUUCCGAGGAUACUCCAAGUAUCGAGAACAUCAAGCCCGAAGCUGAAUCCCGAAGUGUCUUGAUUCCGAAAGCUCCCAACAAACGCAAGCCGCGGAAAGUUAACAUACCACUUCCAGUCAACAGAGUCGAUCUUCCCCCGCGUUCACAAUGGCGAAACUACUUUCCUUCUAGCGGCAUGGCAUUCAAAAGUCGUAUUUCCAUCGCUAACCCCGAGACGGCGGCACUGGUUGCAGAUUCAUUCGUCCCUAGCGGUUCGAGAGAUAAAGUAAUUGUAGAAGCGUAUCCCGGUCCUGGUGUAUUAACUCGCGCGUUGAUGCAGUUGCCGAAGGAACGAAUCCGAAAAAUUAUUGUGCUUGAAGACGUAGAAAAGUACCUCGACUUUUUGCAUCCACUGCAGGAAGCAGACCCCAGAGUACAGAUUUUGCCAAUGAACGGCUUCUCGUGGGACACAUAUCAUCAGCUAGACGUCCAAGGCUUCCUGGAUGGUGUUGAGAAUGUUCCAUGGAAUCAGCCAAAUCCAUAUCUACACUUUAUAUCGCAUCUUCCUAUGGAUGUCCUAGGCGAGCAGCUCUUAGCACAACUAUUGCGUUGUGCACCAGAACAGUCCUGGUUGUUCAAACAUGGUCGUAUUUCAAUGAGUUAUCUAAUGCACGACUGGGUAUGGGAUCGUAUCUCCGCGUCUACUGAGGAUCCAGCUCGAUGCAAGCUGAGCGUCAUCGCACAAGCCGUUUCUGAGUUUAAAUAUACCAUUGACCCACAGUUGCUGGUGCCAUAUAAUAACCAUUUCUAUCCUGAUGCUACGAACCCUGCACAUUCCUCGAAGACUGAAAACAGGCGCAGAGGUACACCGUUCAUAGCAGGUACAUUCAGACCAUUGGAACAUCAGAUCAUUCAACCAGGCAUGCUGGAUAAAUGGGAUUACUGCCUACGAAAACUUUUUGUGCUGAAGUCUACCUCUCUCAAGGACGCCGUUGGUCAUCUAGCACCUGGAUCAGACGUUCUGAAGUCCUACCUCGCGGGCGAUGAUGUUCCACCCGAACAGAGGACUGACAUGAAGAAGAUCAUCAAGAAAAUGAGUGGAGAGGACUGGGCUGCUCUCGUCGGCGCCUUUGACCGGUGGCCAUUUGCACCUGAGGAACUCUUGAUCACGGAUUCUUUCAGCAGAGACGACCGUAUAUAG